AUGGCAAUACGGAUAUCGCGUUCUCAGCGCUUAACGGCUGUGAUUGGGAUCGCCUCUAUUUUCUUUCUUGCUGAGAUUUCCGUUGGCUUCUAUACGCAUUCCCUAGCUCUCGUGGCAGAUGCGUUUCACUAUUUGAAUGACCUGGUGGGGUUUAUUGUUGCGUUGGUUGCUGUCAAGGUCUCCGAAUGGGAUGAUCCGCCCAAAUCCCUAACCUUCGGAUGGCAACGGUCCCAGUUACUGGGUGCAUUUUUCAAUGGUGCCCUUCUCUUUGCGCUGGGAAUUAGCAUUUUCCUGCAGUCGAUUGAGCGGUUUGUGUCACUUCAACGCGUGGAGAAUCCGAAGUUGAUAUUUAUCAUGGGAUGUGUCGGGUUUGGAUUGAAUAUCCUCAGUGUAUUGUUUUUGCAUGGUAUUGGCCGCGAUCUGGGAAUGAUGGGAGUGCUGCUACAUGUCAUGGGAGACGCUGCCAACAACUUGGGAGUCAUGGCAGCGGCCUUGGUUAUAUGGCUCACGCAUUAUGAGGGUAGAUAUUAUGCGGAUCCGGGGACUAGUAUGGGCAUUGGUGUCAUGAUUAUCUUGACGUCGCUUCCUUUGAUGCGCCACUCCGGUCACAUCUUACUGGAGAGCCUCCCUAACGGACUCAGCGUAGACAAUGUGAAGCAUGACCUGGAAUUGAUCCCUGGUGUCCUAGCCAUCCACGAGCUGCAUAUCUGGCGACUCAAUCAACAAAAAGUCCUAGCAUCCGUCCACGUUGUUGUCUCAGAGCACACAAUGCCCGAAUUCCUGAAAAUAGCGAAAACCAUGAACGAAUGUUUUCACGAAUACGGGAUCCAUUCGGUGACGCUGCAGCCCGAGAUUACGCCGCAUAUCCCUGUGAAGGAGGAUCAGGAGUCUGAAGAGAUGCGGAGGAUAUUUUUGGAGAAAUGCCAGGUUGUAUGUAGUCGGGUUUGUGAAGAUUUGACUUGUUGUGGAUAG